AUGUUGCUUCACCUUUCACUGAUAUGGAGCUUGCUCACAGUUUCAUGUCUGACCUCACCUGUCGACAAUCCUCAUGUUGUGCAUGAAAAGAGAGACAGCAUCCCGUAUGGCUGGCUCAAAAGGAGCCAGCUAGAUGGGCGGAUGAUCCUACCCAUGAAGGUUGCUCUGGCCCAGAACAAUCUGGACAAAGCUCACGACUGGUUGAUGGACGUGUCCCAUCCAGCGUCGAACAAAUAUGGCAAGCACUGGUCUGCUGAAGAUAUCGCCAAGACUUUCGCUCCUAGGUGUGUAUUGUAUGAAUCUAAUGUCAACAGUAUCACUGAUUGUAGAUAGCUCCGAGAAUGUGCAGGCCGUGAAGGCUUGGCUUGCCUCCGCUGGGAUCUCUCACGACCGGAUUGAACAGACCCAAAGUCUUGGCUGGUUGAAGUUCGAUGCCACUGUCGAUGAGGCCGAGAGUCUUCUCCAUACGAAAUACCACGUUUACGAGCAUCGGGGGACCGGUCAGCAGCAUGUUGCCUGCGAAGAGUAUAGUAUCCCUCAAUCUAUGAGGGAGAGAGUCGACUUUGUGACGCCUACAGUGGUGAGUAAGAGUUGAGCAACAGACCACAGCAUCUUCGCAUUUUAGAAGGUUGUCUCGACCGCUGCUACCGCUGGAAUGGCGAUAUUCGACUCGCUGUGACCCUGGCUUCUGCUGGGACAGUCGGACAGACAACAACUUUUGGCUGUGGAAAGACGCUCCGGUUUGAACAUGAUCUGACUGUUCACAGCAUUUCGAUGCUAAGCUUAAGCCACGAGAUGAUUCCAAAAUGGACAAGCGAGAGAUAAGUCCUGGUACGUACCUGUCACCUUCAAAGUAUACGAAUCGGUUGUUAACGUUCACAGGUGUGGACAGGUCCCUUGGUCAACCAGGCUCAGGAUCUCUUCCCAAGCUCAACCGCUUUUUGCCCUACAGCGACAUCGUUAAACAACUGCAGGACUGCGAUUUACAGAUUACGCCAUGGUGUUUGCGUGCGCUAUAUGACUUUCCUCCAGGCUUUUCGGCAAACUCAAAGAACAGCUACGGUAUCGUUGAAUAUACGCCCCAGGCUUACGUCCCCUCGGACCUGGAUUUGUUCUUCAGAAACUUCAGCACCAAGCAAGUUGGACAAAGGCCGAUGUUUGAUUCGGUUGACGGCGGCUUUCUUUACAACGAGACCAUGAGCUUCGACUACAACGGUGAAAGCAAUUUGGACUUGGAGUAUGCCAUGUCUCUGGUCUAUCCCCAGAACGUUACACUCUACCAGGUCGGUGAUGCUGUGGAAGGUGGCUCGUUCAAUGACUUCCUAGAUGCGAUUGACGGAUCGUACUGCACUUACGAUGGAGGUGAUGACUCAACCCAGGAUGCAGUGUAUCCUGAUCCCUACUGUGACGAGGACCCUGGAGAAGUGUGUUAUACAGGCCCGAAGGACUGCGGCGGCUUUGCAGCUACGAAAGUCAUCAGCACCUCGUACAGCUACAAUGAGCACGAUCUCACGCCUUUCUAUGAGAUGAGACAAUGUCAGGAAUACAUGAAGCUGGGAAUGAUGGGCGUUUCCGUCUUGUAUUCCAGUGGUGAUUACGGAGUCGCUGGCAAUAGCGGUCAGUGCAUCAACGGAACAGGCGAAGAUGCGCCAUACAACAAUGGGACUACCGGGAGAUUCAAUCCUUCCUUCCCCGGUACAUGGUGAGUCCAGAUUCGUCUCACUCUUGUACAGCACAAAUGCUCAUGGAGUUUCAGCCCAUACAUCACCUCGGUCGGCGCCACGCAGGUCAUCCCCGGAACGGAUAUCAUAGCCACUCGAACAGAGCCAGAGCAGGCUUGUGAGACUGUCAUUUACUCAGGCGGCGGCUUCAGCAAUGUCUUUCCACUGCCAGACUACCAAUCCAGUGCUGUUAAGUCCUGGUUCGAGAACCACCCACCACCAUAUGGAGCCGAUCGUUUCAACAACAGCCAGGUACGUAUCAGAAGCGCAAGAAUCUAUCGCCAAUACAUCCCCCACGUGCAAGGCAUCAGGCAACAUCCCAGCUUGCUAUUCUGCUUCACACUGCCUGAGACCAUUCCAAUGACUUUCUGCCAGCAAACCCGUGGCUUCCCAGACAUCUCGGCCAACGGCGCCAACUACGUCGUCGCCAUCGACGGACAAUGGGCUCUUGUCUACGGAACUUCUGCCUCAUCGCCAACUCUGGGCAGCGUGCUGACGCUCAUCAACGAGGCCCGUUACAAUGCCGGGAAGAGUUCAAUUGGCUUUGUGAACCCAGUCGCGUAUGAGCAUCCCGAGGUCUUCAACGACAUCACCCAAGGUGGAAAUCAAGGCUGUGGUACUCCGGGCUUUACUGCUGUGAGCGGUUGGGAUCCUGUCACAGGACUGGGCACGCCGAAUUAUCCGAAAAUGUUGGCGUUGUGGCUUGGCUUGGAUUGA